AUGAGUUCUUCCUCAAGCAACUAUAAUUUAUUCAAUCACCUUAUGUCAGUCUGGUCUUAUGAGCGUGACCACCAGCAAGUUCUGAGUGAUCUUAUUGAUCUUCAGAAUGAGGAUGCUUAUGUAAGCUCGCUUUCCCUUCCCGAGGAAGCGAAGCUCUGCAAUGAGCACGUCAAACGAAAUUGGUUGUCUUUGUACGUUCGUUAUUUGUCAGUCGCCAAGCGCCUCGAAGCUCGAAAUAACACUGAGUUACAAGCGCAAAAGAUAUCUGAUGUGCGAACGCUGCUGAACUGUAGUCUAGGCCGUUUGCUAGAGAUCAAGGAAGUGAUUGUGAAGCACUGCGGCAAUUUUCUCCCCAUAGAUGAUACUUUGUUGGACCUAAAAAUGACCCCGGACGAGGUCGAACCGCCCAUUUGUUCCUAUUUUCUAGAGGAUCGUGAGGAGGAACUUCGUGAGCGGCGUAGUUUCAUUGCCUCACUGCAAGCCCACUUCAUGGAGACCGACAACGAUGCCCCCGUCUCGGAGGCCCAGCGGCACCCUCAGGCGCUUGUGGACCCUUCCAAAGCCGUCGCCGCCUUCGUCUCUGGAAAGCUUCAGGUCGAGAAGGAUCGGCCCUCCGUGUCGGCCUCCACGACGGUCUCCAGCACUGACGUGAAGCCGCCUUUUACCCUGGAUGAGGCUGUCCUCAUCCUGCAGACCUGCGAGCGCGGGCGCCAGGCCCGCCGACGGGCAACCUUCCAGCUCGCGUUGCACCAUCGCGAGCGACACCUCGCGCAGCACGGCAACGAGUUCAACACCAUCACCGGCAAGGACCGCGCGGCCGCCGUGGUACAGCGCAUCGUCCUGGGCUACCUUGAGCGAAAGCAAGCAAAACAACGAUAUGAGGCGGAAAGAGAGUUCCUAGGCUUGGUGCCCACGGAAGAGAUACGCAGUAAUAGAGAAGCAGCAAUGGCGGCGGUUCAUGUGCAAGAGAACAAGCUACGUCAGCGGAUGAAUAUAGUAGAGCUCCGUCAAAAGGCACAAAAUAUUGAGCAUAAUAUCAAAUACAAGGAAGGCCCUAAAACGAUAGAAGAGAUGCUGGAUGAGAUCCUUAUGCAUAUGGCUUACCUUAGUAUGGAGAGUAAGGGUGAUCCUUCGGAAGCGGCUACAGCGCUCCUGGAGUUUCCAUCCCCCCAGGAAGGGGGCAGCCUCAAAUUGCUAGAGCGGAUGCCAACCACGUCGAAGGACCCCGCAGCGGGGGUUGGCGGCCGGAGGGGCCAAGCAGCGGCCCGCAGGCCGCCCAGCAGUGCGCCUGCCGCCGACACCGCUCCCCCCAGGCCUUCGUUGGUGAACAACGGUCGAUCGGCUUCGCGUGUGGGAAGUGUGGGGCGUGAAAGUCGAAACGGCAGCACCGUUCUCAUGAAACCGCAGCUAAAAGGCUCAGAGGGGGAUACACAGAGUGGUGAGAUGAUGGGGUCUUGCUUUUGGAAACAAAUAAAAGAAACCGAAGAACGCUACCAAAACGUCUGGUUACCACAUUACCAUCGACAUUGCCUCGAAGAGGGGGACCUAAACCGUCAGGUUGAUGAGGUAAUGCUAAAGCAGGAGCUGCUAGAAGGACCUCACGGUAUCUUGUCGGAGCUUCGGAACUGUGUGGACGAAUUGGUGAUGAUAGAGGUACAAAACUUACAGGAAAAAAUGAAGAGCGAAAAGAACUCCAAGAAAAAAGGGAAGAAGACAGCAAAAACGAAAAAGAUGAAACUGAAAGACCCGACUAAAGGAGUCAAUUUGGAGACCGCCAUCAACACCGUUGUGUACGAGAACAAGUGGCAGCUAGUACCUGUAGAGGUACGACUACGAAGUUUUGUCGGUUCUGACAACCUCAUGUCCAAUCCAUAUGGUCAAAUGUUGCGCCAGCAACGUCCAGAUGAAGAAAUCACAAAGAAAUGGCAGAGAAUUUUGCGCAAUUGGAACGAGUCAGUCGAGAAGGCGAUGGGGGGAAUAAAAAAGGAGGCGUUUGAAAAGCUUUUUCAGGCCUACAUAGAUCAAUCAACAUGGUUGAAGGAACCAUCCUCUGCACAAAUCCGGCGCGCAGUAGCGGAGUACGGGAUACUGCCGCUUGGGUCUCAGAUACGUCAUGACCUCGUGCCACAUAAGGAUGCGCUUCUUUUCUAUGGGGUUUCUGCCUCUGGAAAAACGAUGAUGGCGUAUGCUAUGUGCAACGAAGCAGGAGCAAAUUUUUUUAACCUCUCUCCCUCCAAUUUCAGCUCAGUCAAGGGCAUUCCCAAAAUAAUACAAUUAGUUUUUUAUGUUGCCCGCAUGAAGGGGCCUUCGAUAAUCUACAUUGAUAACAUCGAAAAGGUGUUUCCUAGUAAGAAAAAUGGCAAAAAAAAAAGGACCCACUAA